AAACGAAAAAGGUUUGAUGUUUUCAACAUACAAGACUAGCUGCUACCCGCCACGCGAUGGCACACUGAAAAGCAACUGCAAGAUGAUUCUCGACUCCUUAUCCUACCCUUUAUAUAACAAACCCAAAUCAAACAUGGUACAACUAAUUCAUUCUGCAUGUUAUCUAAUUCUUUUAAGACAUAAUUUGGCAAUCAAACGUGUCCAAAGGGAUUAAACUAAACACUUAAAACAUUUUCACCUGAGCUAGAUUAUCCCUUCCUCCUGCUCGGCCUCCUGAGUGGUCAACAUUUUCACCUGGGUUAGAACUUAGAUAUCUCUUCCUCUGCUCAGUUCGGCUCGAAUGGUCAAUUGGUGAAUAAUUCGCCCGACGAUGGCGCCAGCAGAUCGUAGCCACAAAGUAAAUGAACAGAGUUGAGAAAUUCAGUUCAUUGAAAGAGAGAGAGAGAGCGAUUUAUAUGAAGAUCAAUUUUAUACUGGGUAGAAAAAAAGAAAGAAAAGGAAAACAGAAAGUACAGUGCCAGUGAAUAAAGGGGUGUCAUCAAGUCAUUUUCUUCAAAAUAAAAUAAAAUAAAAAACAUUUUCCACUUUCUUCACGCUCUGUACGCUAAAACAUCCCUCACUCACAGGAAAUCUCUAGGGUUUCAUUUUUUUUUUUGAUCCGCUCUAGGGUUUCAUUUCACUUCCUCACUCUAGAAAACCCCAAAUCUCUCUCUCUCUCUCUCUCUCUCUGAAAAUGUCAUGGCAACCGGCCAAAUCGCUCGUCCGAUUCACGUGCGUUUGCAAGCCAUGGCUCUCUCUCAUCUGUGAUUCCACCUCCGCCCACACCACCGCCAAACCCCCCUUGCUCCUCCGACACUUCUCCCUCCCCCCAGACAACCUCCGUUCCGAUGCCCACGCUGUCUACGCCCACGGAAUGUUGGUUUUUCUGAAACUGGGGCAAGAGCACUCUGUGGAGCUUUUGAGGGAGGAGAAAGAAAAAAGAAUUAUUUUACAUAAAAAGCGGAUAGCUCUACUAGGGGAGGAGGAAGCCAAGAAACUUCAGCAGGAGGAUUACGAGCGAGAGCAACGUCUGCUAGACCGAGUGCUUGAGAAGCAGACACUUGAUACUCCACUCUCAAUCUCUGAAUUACCAGUGGAUCCCAAGAUAAAAGAAAUGCCAGCACUCCUCGGCGACUAUGCAUGCUGUUUUGGAAUGUUGGUUUUUCCGAAACCGGGUCAGGGGUUCAGUAUGGAGCUUCUGAGGGAGGAGAGAGAAAGAAGACUUCUGUUUCAUAAAAAUCAGAUAGUUCUACUAGGGACGGAGGAAGUGGAGAAACUUCAGAAGGAGGAUUAUGAGCGAGAGCAACAUCUACUAGAUCAAACUCACAAGGAGGGGAGUGCUAAGAGAGAAAAAACGGAACAACAACAUCACCCGGGCCCUAAGUUUGUCGAGCUUACAUCCACACAGCGGCUUGAUUAUGAAGAGAGGCUCCGUAAGAGCGGGGUGUUUGAUGUCGGGGAUAUUCCCGCAUAUGUUUCCAAUAUCCCUGUUAGACCAUUUGUGCUGGGCCACCCCUUGUUAGUGGAGAUGAUUGAAGGAUAUGCAAAGUCAGGCCUUGAACAACACAACAAAUAUAAUAAUACAAAGUACCAAUUUGUGAAGGUCCUCAAGGCAAACAUCGGUGGUUAUAGUCCUGGUUGGAACUACUACAUUACCUCUCAGGUCAAGGAUGUGGCUAGUUCUGGUUCUCCCACUCUCAACUUCCAGGCCAAAGUGAAUAGUAUUGAGGAUCAGGAAGCUGUCACAUCUAUUGUGCCUGAACUGUAAUCCUAUCUACUCCAAGGUUAGGGGGAGCUUUGAGGUUAAAGAGUACGCUUAUGGAGGCUGUGAAGUUCAUUUUGAUGGGUAGUUGGGUGAAAUUGACUAUCUUUACUUUUGCGUCUAAAAUGUUGUUCUCGUUAAGUUUCGGGUGGUUGGUGCUUCCAAACUAAUGGUAAACUAUGCAUACGACGGAACCUACUCUCUUAGUUUAAGUAUCUUGAGUUCUGGAAAUAUGAGACAUUGACUUGUGAUAUGGUAUUGUAGUCUGUUUCACUGUUUCAGUA